GGGAGCGAUGCGCUCCGUUCCCAUUCAACCUUUUUCCAGCCACAAGCCAACCUGCUGUGUGUGACAAGGAAGUGUGAUAACCACUGCGCUAAAAACAAAAGACCACGAAUGCAGCAAACACAGACAGUUGGACAAUGUCAGCCCGGCCACAACAUCUGCACUGCCAGAUGCGCAGGAACCCAGAAGAGUCUGAGGCAGAGUCUCAGCCAGGAAUGAGGCAGAGCAGCUCAGUCCUGUUUAGAGGAUGGGAGUGACUGCACCUGUGUGACGCAAUUAGCUCAUCCUGCCACACCUGCUUCACUACUCCUCUACGACUCACGUGACACGUUACUAUCCAAAUUCACAGCCGCUCGGCGUAGGACCCGGUCAACGUCGACCGGGAAGGUCGCGACCACUGAAGGACGCAGCCCUCGAAAGCGUUUGGACACAUCUCUACCAUGAGGUCGAAGAAGGGACGCGUCCUGCUGCUGUGGGUUCUGGUCUGCCCCGGUGUCACGGGCGCCAUAGUAGUACCCUUCAGUAUCUCCUCAGCUCUGGGCAUCGCUAUGGGGUUCAUCAUCAGUUUUCAACUGACCCAGUGGUGCAUUUUCACCAAACUCCACAAUGACUUACAACAGGAGUGCGCUAGUUUCAACAGAACUGGCCUUAAGAUGGAUCUGGAAAACAAACUGUUUGGACAGCACCUGGCGUCUCGCAUCAUCCUGAAAGCUGUGAGUGAAUUCAUGAGCAACGACAACCCCAAAAAGCCGCUGGUGCUGUCACUCCACGGCCCGUCCGGCACCGGGAAGAACUUUGUGAGCCAGCUGAUCGCAGAAAACAUUUACAAAGAGGGGAUGAGCAGCAAGUUUGUUCACGUCUUCACGUCCACGCUUCACUUCCCAAAUCCCCGUCUACUUCCCCUCUACAAGUAUCAGCUGCAGCAGUGGAUCAAAGACAGCGUGAGCAACUGUGAGCGCUCCAUGUUCAUCUUUGAUGAGAUGGAUAAGAUGCAUCCGGGACUGAUCGACAGCAUCCAGCCGUACCUGGAGUACUAUGACAAGGUGGUCGGAGUUUCCUACAGAAAAUCCAUCUUCAUCUUUCUCAGCAACGCUGGAGGGGAGAUCAUCGUUCAGACAGCUUUAGAUUUCUGGAGAGCAAGACGAGAUCGAAAGGAGAUUGAUCUGAAAGACCUAAAAACAUCCGUCUCCCUCUCUAUCUUCAACAAUGACCAAAGCGACUCUUUUUGCACAACUUUUAUCUACGAGAACCUGGUGGACUUCUUUGUUCCCUUCCUCCCUCUGGAUUACUCGCACGUCGUGCAGUGCGCCAUGGCUGACAUGAAGACCAGAACCAGCGAGGGCGAAGGCCCGCCGGACCUGAAUGUGGCAAAACAGGUUGCCCAUGAUUGGCUCUAUUUCCCCAAACAAGAGAGAGUUUUUGCCGUCAAAGGCUGCAAAACGAUAGAGAGCAAACUGGACAUAAAAAAACAGAGUGUUGCAGGAGAGAAGGUUGACGGCGUACACAUGUGCAGAGAGGAGGAGGAGAAGGAGGAGGAGGCAGGUUCCAGUAACAAAGCUGUUUAAUAACUAAAACACAAACCAUUGCAACUGGCAGGCAAACUCAAAAGACUAGAAAACUCUAAAUACUCCAAACAGGAAGAAUAUACCACGGACCAGCACAGGAGGAAGGGAAUGACAAGACUUAAAUACAUACAGGACUGACCAGACACAGGUGGACACAA